AUGGACGGGCUGCCCGGUCGGGCGUUGGGGGCCGCCUGCCUUCUGCUCCUGGCGGCCGGCUGGCUGGGACCCGAGGCUUGGGGUUCCCCUACGCCCCCGCCAUCGCCCGCCGCGCCGCCGCCACCCCCGCCACCCGGAGCUCCGGGAGGCUCGCCGGACACCUGUAUGUCGUGCGGCGGCGGCGGCGGUGGUGGCGGCGGCUUCCGGCGGCCGGAGGAGCUGGGCCGGGUGGACGGUGACUUCCUGGAGGCGGUGAAGCGUCACAUCUUGAACCGCCUGCAGUUGCGGGGCCGGCCCAACAUCACGCACGCCGUGCCCAAGGCCGCCAUGGUCACGGCCCUGCGCAAGCUGCACGCGGGCAAGGUGCGCGAGGACGGCCGCGUGGAGAUCCCGCACCUCGACGGCCACGCCAGCCCGGGCGCCGACGGCCAGGAGCGCGUCUCCGAAAUCAUCAGCUUUGCAGAGACAGAUGGCCCCGCCUCCUCCCGAGUCCGCCUGUACUUCUUCGUCUCUAAUGAAGGCAACCAGAACCUGUUCGUGGUGCAGGCCAGUCUGUGGCUUUACCUGAAACUCCUGCCCUACGUUUUGGAUAAGGGCAGCCGGCGGAAGGUGUGGGUCAAGGUGUACUUCCAGGAGCAGGGCCAUGGUGACAGGUGGAACGUGGUGGAGAAGAAGGUGGACCUCAAACGCAGUGGCUGGCACACCUUCCCCAUCACCGAGGCCAUCCAGACCCUGUUUGAACGCGGCGAGCGCCGCCUCAACCUGGACGUGCAGUGUGACAGCUGUCAGGAGCUGGCCGUGGUGCCGGUGUUCGUGGACCCUGGUGAGGAGUCACAUCGGCCCUUUGUGGUGGUCCAGGCCCGCCUGGGCGACAGCAGACACCGCAUCCGCAAACGGGGCCUGGAAUGUGACGGGCGGACCAGCCUCUGUUGUAGGCAACAGUUCUUCAUUGAUUUCCGGCUCAUCGGCUGGAACGACUGGAUCAUCGCGCCCACUGGCUACUACGGGAACUACUGCGAGGGCAGCUGCCCGGCCUACCUGGCCGGAGUCCCCGGCUCGGCCUCCUCCUUCCACACGGCUGUGGUGAACCAGUACCGCAUGCGUGGCCUGAACCCGGGGCCUGUGAACUCUUGUUGUAUCCCGACGAAACUGAGCUCCAUGUCCAUGCUGUACUUUGAUGAUGAGUACAACAUCGUCAAACGGGAUGUGCCCAACAUGAUCGUGGAGGAGUGUGGCUGCGCUUGACAGUGGCCUGCAAAGGCAUGGCGGCAGUGGGCUUUGCAGGGACAGGAGGUGCAGGUGGGCUGAGCGUGGCCAUUCUGUUGAGCUGUAGAGAGUGCCCGAGUGAGGCCUGAAAAGAUUUUUCUACUGCUUCAUAGAACAACCAGUCAAAGCCAGAGGGAGAACCCUCAGGUGACACGAGAGACUCCCAAACACACACCACACGUAGACCCGCACAGCCAGACACAUCCUGCCACCCACACAGCAGCCUCCAGGCCUCCAGGAUACCGGCGAUGGAUGCGGCGGCGACAAAUGGCAGCUUAGCUACCAAUGCCUGUCAGUCGGAGAGAAUGGGGUGAGCAGCCACCAUCCCCACCAGCUGGCCGGGCCACUCUGAAUCGCGCCUUCUGAGCACACAUAAAAGCACAAAGACAGAGACGCAGGGAGAGCGAGCCAGAGAGCCACUGAGAGGAAAAUCGGGGCGGGAAGCACGGGCAGGCGGAGGGCCAUGUCCCUGCCUUGUCCCAGGCCUGCUCUUCCAUCACAGCGCCUGGCGUGGGCCUGCCUGCUUGCUCCCUGCAGGCAUUCUUCCCGCCUCUAAGGCCAGGGAAGCCCCACUUCCACGUACUUGGAGAGUAACAAGUGACCCAAGAGGAACUUGCCUGUCAGAGACCUCGGAGCAGGGACAGUGACCCUUUGACUGACUGUUUAGUUCCCUCACAUGACUUCUGUGUUUGUGUUUG